GCAGAGCCUCUGACCAAGCAGCUGGCGAGGUUGCAGCACGAGACCACGCGGGUGGCCUCGGGCCUCCGGGCGGUGGAGGCGGGCGUGGAGGAGCUGCGGCGGGCGAGCAGCGCGGAAGCCGUGCAGGCGGCCUCGACCCAGCAGGCGGCCGAGGCCAACACGGAGCAGCUGCGGAGGUGCCUCGAUGCCGGCAUGAGCAGCACGCGAGCCAGGCUGGAGCAGGCGGAGCAGGCGAUCUCCACGCUGCGCGCCGGCGCCUCGAGCCACCAGGAGGUGCUCGCGGAGACCAAGCAGGACUGGAGGAGAGGCCAGGAGCUGCUCGGAGAGGCGAUCCGCACGCUGUCCGAGGACCUCGCCAGCGUCCAGCGAAGUGUCGGCACGACGCUGAGCCAGCUGGAGGCCAGAGUGGACCACCUGGCGGAGUGCCGCCGUGGAGACCUCGACAAGCUCAACAACGGAGAGGCACGGCUGGAAGAGCUGCGGCGCGCCGUCCGCGACGCCGCCGACCGCGGCGCGGCGCGUGCCGCGCCGUGGGAGGCUGACCAGCACUCGCCGGCGCAG